GUAGGCUGCCAUCGAAGAGGCGGCGAAUUCUGAAACAAAAUCGAAUAUUCUGCUAUGAUCCUGGCGGGAAGGGAAGGGAAGCGACUUGCGGCGGAGCCCUCCCCGCGUCUCCCCCGCCAUCCCACCACCGCCGAUGGCCGCUAGGCCCGCCACCGACGGGGAGGGCGUCGACGCCUCCGUACCCUGGUGGCGGCGGAAGCGCCCGCGGCUGCCGCCGCCGCCGCCGGAGGCCGACGCGGAGGAGGUGAAGGCGGAGGCGCUGGCGCUGAUGGCGGCCCACCCCGUGCUCCCGCGGCUCGUCGUCUUCGACCUCGACCACACCCUCUGGCCGUUCCAGUGUGAUCGUCUGCCAAAAGAUGAACCCCCUUAUCUUUAUCCACAAGCUAGAGGUAUACUGAAAGCACUUAAGGAUAGGGGAAUUGAGAUGGCCAUUGCUUCUCGAGCAUCCAGGAAGAAAGGUGUUGCAAAAGCAUUUCUGGAAAAACUUGGCAUUCACUUCAUGUUUGGGGCUCAGGAAAUAUUCUACACUUGGAGUCCAAAGAAUGAGCAUUUCCAGAGUAUCCAUCGGAAGACAGGUGUACCUUUCAAGUCUAUGCUUUUCUUUGAUGAUGAGGCCAGAAAUAUUAUAGCAACAAGGAAAUUGGGGGUCAGUUGUGUGCUUGUGGAUACUGGUAUAACUCUGGAGAAGUUAAGAACUGGACUAAGCAACUAUGCUAAUAGAUCAGCAUCACCAAAUGCAGAGCCGGCGGGCGGGCGAAGUGCUGAGAUUACGUGGUAUUUAGAUGUGGCUACUGGCUAGUUAAUACUAGUCUGGGAGGACUUAUGUAUGCUCAUGUAUUAUAUACUCCUUUGGAGCACGUACUUUAAUAUAAUUUUAAUAUAAUUUAAGGGACAAUUGCUUAUUUAACCAUAUUCUAAAAGCUGGCUA